GAGAUAAAGCUUGACUUUUGCUUGAGUUGUGUUUGUGACAUACUUCAGAUUUGUUUUACUUUUUAAUUCGUGAUUUGCAAAAUAUUUACAAAUAGUUAUUUUUCUGUUCUAUCCUAUAUUAGACAUAAAUAUUCAAAAUGUUUCAGUUCGGGUUCAAUAUGUUUCAAGAAAUAACUAGACCAUUUAAUAUGACCUACCGUUGUUUUUCUGUAUCCAUGUUACCAGGAAAUGAAAGACAGGAUGUAGAAAGGGGUGGAAAAAUAAUCAUGCCACCAUCAGCACUGGAACAGCUCACUAGAUUGAACAUUGUAUAUCCAAUGAUCUUCAAGUUAACAAACAAAAAAUCAAAACGACUAACACACUGUGGAGUCCUGGAGUUUGUUGCAGAUGAAGGAAAAGUCUAUCUACCACAUUGGAUGAUGGCGAACUUGGUAUUAGAAGAAGGAGCUUUACUACAAAUAGAGAGUGUUUCUCUUCCUGUGGCUACAUUUUCAAAGUUCCAACCGCUGUCUGAAGACUUUCUUGAUAUCACAAAUCCUAAAGCAGUAUUGGAGAAUUGCUUAAGAAACUUUUCAUGCUUAACAACUGGUGAUGUUAUUGCAAUAAAAUACAAUGCUAAAGUGUACGAGCUAUGUGUGCUGGAAACUAUGCCUGGCAAUGCUGUGGUCAUCAUAGAAUGUGAUAUGAACGUCGAAUUCGCUCCUCCUGUUGGAUACAAAGAGGAGGAGCACAUAAGUCGCGGUGAAGGAAGUACAGAAGAUGGUAUGGACGAGGAUCCGGCUGUUAUGAUGCCAGACCCCGGCUUUAAGGCGUUCAGCGGCGAAGGGAACAGACUCGAUGGCAAGAAAAAGAAACUCAUAAGCGAGAGUGAUUCGGAGCCGCAAACAUCUACUUCGAGACAGGCGUAUGUGAGAGGGAUACCGGAUUACGACUAUGUAAUCGGCACGUUAAGAUUUAUCAGAAACUCCCGCCCAAGUAGCGCUAAGGAGGAGGCCCAAACCGACUCGUUCCAGGCGUUCAAAGGAGAGGGUUUCACUUUAAGAACUGCUAAGUCGCAAAACUAAAGGGUAUUCAUUAAAAUUAUAUUUAAAUGUAUGAUAAGUUGGUAAAUUAAAUUUUUCGAAUAAGA